AUGUGGAGUGGUGCUGAGCAGCUGAGGGUCGAGGUGGAGACGCUCAAACAGCAGCUGAGGGACGAGAGUCUCAGGAGUCAGACGGAGCGGCAGGAACACUCACACAGUCAGGUGUCUCUGGAGCAGGUGGAUCGUGAGCUGGCCCAGGUGAGGGCAGAGCUUGAGCAGGUGUGGGACAUGCUCCGCCUCCGAGACUCAGCACUGGAGGAGCAGCAGCAGGAGCUGCAGUCGGCCAGGAGCCAGGUGUCUCAGCACAGCCAGGAGCUGGAGAGACUGAAACAGCAGUUGGCAGACAGGGAGCAGGAGCUUAAAGACAGCAGGGAGCGUGCUCAGGGCAGUGUGGAGAGGCAGAGAGAUGAGGACCAGAGGACCAUCACAGCACUACAGCUCCAGCUAGCUGAGUUAAGCAGGUCCAGUGUGAGAGGGCAGGAGGCUGGAGAGGAGUCGUCCCUCAGAGCCCAGCUGGAGGAGAGCAGGAAGCGAUCUGAGCUGCUCCAGCAGGAGAGAGACCAGGCGCUGCACAAGCUGCGGAGUCUGAAAGAGGUCCUCCAGAAUAAGCCUGAGAGAGGCCCCCCCUGUGAGGGCAGGAGGGAGAAGCUGGCAGCACCCGCUGACCCUGAGCAGCAGAGGAGACUGGUCACUGAGCAGCUGAAGAGCCUGUUUAAGGAGCGCGAGCAGCAGGGGUCAAACAGGUCACCUGGAGCCCACACACGGCCAGGCUCACCACAGAGGUCAAGGGUCAUCAAGGGGGCGCUGGAGAAGAGGCUGGAGUGUGAGCUGCUCCAGGACACAGAUGACCAGCAGAGGGCAGCACAGACCUCACACACUGGACAGUGUGGAGGAGAGGGACCUCAGGAGCAGCCACAGUGAGGUUCCGUGACGUCACAGCAGCGGAGAUCAGAGAGUCUGAGAUUCGUAACUACGGCAACACCCCGGCAGCCAUUCUGUUGUCCUCUCAGGACUCUGGGCGUGAUGAAGAGAGGGACACACACUCCCACACCGAGGACGGAGUGUUUCUGGCAACACGGGUGUGUGUGUGU